GUGGGUUAGACUCCAGUGAAGAGCUGCUGAGAGAGCUGUGUACUCAGUGUGGUAUACAGGGCUAGUGUAGUGCUGGGUGUGGAGCUGUCAGUGUGCUGUGAACUCAGUGUUGUUUUACUAGUGAGGAUGUUGCUGACUUUUUAUCUUCUCUUCAUUGGGCUUCAUGUCUCUGAAGGCUGCACUCUGGUGAACAAUGAACAAAUACUGAGUAUUACAGCAUACAAAGGAGGGUCAGUACUGCUGCCCUGCUACUGCAAUGACCUACACACCACACCUGAGGAAUUCAGCUGGAAGAAAGACAAUACAAACAGAAAAGCAUGGGAAGUGAUAUACAGUGAGAGUGGUCAGUACAGAAACAGAGUUCAGCUGCUUAAUGGUCACUCUCCAGGAAAUCUCUCUCUACUCAUAUCACACCUGACUGAGGAGGAUGGAGGAGAUUACAGGUGUUCUGUUAAAGAUUCACAUAUAAUCUUCAGACUCUCUUUCAAAGCCUGUACUCUGGAAAAAAAGAAGAAAAAGCUGAAUAUCACGGCAUAUAGAGGAGGGUCAGUACUGCUGCCCUGCUACUGCACUGACCUACACGCUAAACCUGAGGAAUUCACCUGGCAGAAAUACAUCAGAAACAGUUGGGAAGAGAUAUCCAGUGAGAGUGGUCAGUAUAGAAACAGAGUUCAGCUGGUUAAUGGUCACUCUCCAGGAAAUCUCUCUCUACUCAUAUCACACCUGACUGAAGAGGAUGAAGGAGGUUACUGGUGUGGCGUUAAAGAUUCAUAUAUAACCAUCUUACUCACAGUAAAAGAGGGUCCACCUACAACUACAACAUCUACUGCAGCGGUCAAUGUACAGACCAGUCCAACCACUUCAACCACACAUUCAUCUCAAAAACCUGAAGUUAAGCACAAGGGACCACCUAAAACUACAACAUCUACUGCUGUUGACAUCCAAACCAUUGUACACGCUUCGAUUGCGAGUUUCUCUAAAACACCUGAUGAUUAUUCCAUUUAUUUCUUCAUCUUGAUUCCUGUUCUUCUUCUCCUGCUGGGACUCGGAGUAGUCAUCUACUGGAGAUACAGAGGACAGAGACGAGGACAGACAGAAAGUAGAGAAAAAAGGAUGAUGAGAGAACAGAAAACACCGGAUGAAGUGAUGUACUCAACUAUAGUCCACAGUAAAACAACCAGAACAACCACAGUUACUGAUAUUGGAGAAAAGACAGAAUACGCCACCAUCAGAGUAAAAUAACACCACUCAUACACAAGUUUUGUGUUUUUUAAUGCUUGUUUUUUCUUCUUUUUUUCUCAUCGUAUUUGCAAAGAUUAUUUGCAAAAACAAAU